AAAAUAUUGGGCCACAUAGAAGUGGCAAGUUGCAAACGUUUUAUCCAUUUAGCAAAUUAGUGAAUUACCCAUAACUAAAAACUCAACCUCACAAUUCCUUCCUUGUUUAUCAUCAACUUUCCUCGUCAAAAUUGAAAAUCCAGGCAGACCUCACAAAGUGAGGUGAGAGAGAAAAAAGAUAAGCGAGUAAAAAUGGCGGCAGAAUCACUGAGAAUUACAGGAACUCUUGAACCCAUUUGUAAUAUCAAUGGGUCUCAAAACAACCUGCGUUCUCUCUCCUCCUCCUCCCACCACCACCACUCUCGCCGCCGUCUCAACGUCUCUUCUUCUCUCUCCGGCUUCUUCGGGGGUGUUCGAAUUAGCAGGUGUAAUUCCAGAAAUGUCCCUGCUUUACAGCAACAGAGGAGGAAGUUCUCUGUUUUUGCCGCGGCUGCUGAGGAGGGUAAGCGAGAAAUCCCACUGAAAGAUUAUCGUAAUAUUGGAAUUAUGGCUCAUAUUGAUGCUGGGAAGACUACUACAACAGAGAGGAUCUUGUACUACACAGGCCGAAACUAUAAGAUUGGUGAAGUGCAUGAGGGAACAGCAACUAUGGAUUGGAUGGAGCAAGAACAAGAAAGAGGGAUCACUAUCACUUCUGCAGCCACUACAACCUACUGGAACAAACAUCGCAUCAACAUUAUUGAUACUCCUGGUCAUGUUGACUUCACAUUAGAGGUUGAACGGGCUCUUAGAGUGUUGGAUGCUGCUAUAUGCUUGUUUGACAGUGUAGCUGGAGUGGAGCCACAGUCUGAAACUGUGUGGAGACAAGCAGAUAAAUAUGGUGUGCCGCGGAUAUGUUUUGUUAAUAAGAUGGAUCGUUUAGGUGCAAAUUUCUUCAGAACAAGAGAUAUGAUUAUCACUAAUUUGGGCGCAAAGCCCUGUGUGAUUCAGUUACCUAUUGGUUCUGAAGAAAACUUUAAGGGAAUCAUUGAUCUUGUGAAGAUGAGAGCUGUGGUUUGGUCAGGGGAGGAAUUAGGUGCGAAAUUCAAUUAUGAGGACAUUCCUGCAGAUCUUCAAGAAUUGGCUGCUGAUUAUCGGGCGCAACUGAUAGAAACCAUAGUAGAAAUUGAUGAUGCGGCUAUGGAGAACUACUUGGAAGGGAUUGAGCCCGAUGAGGAAACAAUCAAGAAACUUAUUAGGAAAGGAACCAUUUCAGCUAGCUUUGUUCCAGUUAUGUGUGGUUCAGCGUUUAAAAAUAAGGGUGUUCAGCCUUUGCUUGAUGCGGUAGUAGAUUAUCUACCUUCACCUCUUGAAUUACCAGCAAUGAAGGGUACUGAUCCAGAAAACCCUGAAAUUGAAAUAGAGAGGGAACCAAGUGAUGAUGCACCAUUUUCUGGGUUGGCUUUUAAGAUCAUGAGCGACUCAUUUGUGGGUUCUCUUACAUUUGUUAGAGUCUAUUCAGGUAAAUUAGCAGCAGGAUCUUAUGUAUUAAACUCAAACAAGGGGAAAAAGGAAAGAAUAGGUAGGCUUCUGGAAAUGCACGCCAACAGUAGAGAGGAUGUUAAGGUAGCAUUAACAGGUGAUAUUGUUGCACUUGCUGGAUUAAAAGACACUAUCACAGGUGAAACACUCUGUGACACGGAAAAUCCUGUUAUUCUUGAACGUAUGGAUUUCCCUGACCCUGUCAUUAAGGUGGCUAUUGAACCCAAGACUAAAGCUGAUAUUGACAAAAUGGCAAAUGGUCUGAUAAAGCUUGCUCAAGAAGAUCCUUCUUUCCACUUUUCACGUGAUGAAGAAAUUAACCAAACAGUCAUCGAAGGAAUGGGAGAGCUUCAUCUUGAGAUUAUUGUUGAUCGGCUCAAAAGGGAAUUUAAGGUUGAGGCCAAUGUUGGUGCACCACAAGUUAACUACCGUGAAAGUAUUUCCAAAGUUUGUGAAGUCAAGUAUGUCCACAAGAAACAGUCAGGUGGACAAGGACAGUUUGCUGACAUCACUGUGCGGUUUGAACCUAUGGAGGCUGGAAGUGGAUACGAGUUUGUCAGUGAAAUAAAGGGAGGUGCGGUGCCAAGGGAAUAUGUCCCUGGAGUUAUGAAGGGAUUGGAAGAGUGUAUGAGUAAUGGUGUUCUUGCAGGAUUUCCUGUGGUUGAUGUGCGUGCCGCAUUAGUGGAUGGUUCGUACCAUGAUGUUGACUCGAGUGUCUUAGCAUUCCAGCUGGCAGCUAGAGGAGCUUUCCGGGAGGGGAUGAGGAAGGCCGGUCCAAAGAUGUUGGAACCAAUCAUGAGGGUCGAAGUAGUUACACCUGAAGAACAUUUGGGGGAUGUUAUUGGUGACCUUAACUCCAGGAGAGGGCAGAUCAACAACUUUGGUGAUAAGCCAGGUGGUCUCAAGGUAGUAGAUUCCCUUGUUCCGUUGGCUGAGAUGUUCCAAUAUGUGAGUACAUUGAGAGGCAUGACAAAAGGCCGUGCGUCCUACACAAUGCAGUUAGCCAAAUUUGAUGUUGUUCCUCAGCACAUCCAGAACCAGCUCGCUUCCAAGGAGGAACCGGUUUCUGCUUAACUCACUGAUGUCCCAUCUGUUAGGUCCUAGUGACCUGACCACGAGAUUUUGCUGAUACUUUGUAUGUUCGUAUGUUCAUCAUUCAUUUGAUAUAUUUAGUGUUCUUUGUGUUUGGCGUCAGCUUUUGUAUAGGUAGUAAAUUAUUUGACAGAAAGAUCCCAAAUGUAGCACAAAACUCAGUAAUAUAAUCUGUGGAAGUUGAUGAAUUUGUUGCAAGAA